AUGGAUAACAACGCUCAAUUUCUUUCUGAUUAUUUUCAUUUGCUACCUAAUGAUAUCAUAAUUCAUAUCAUUAAUUUACUCCCUCCUCAGUUAGUUGAAUGCUUGAUGACUACAAAUGGGUUUGAUCAUCAAGUUUAUCACGAAUUUUUAAAGAAUAUUAUUGUAUCUACAGCAUUAAGGAAUAAUAAAGUGACAUUAAAUUCUGUUUUUGGGAGUAAUGAUACAAUAAUUAGUUUGGAAAGUUGGCCAACACAUUGCAUUCCCCAUAGUGUUCAUAUUAUUGGAAAAGUUGAUGAGAUUGAAAAUUAUAUAACUCAAAAUUUCAAUUAUUUAAAGCCCAUAAAAGAUAUUCGAAUUUGUAUAUAUAUCCAAUUAGGCGGUACUUUGAAUAUUAACAGUUUUUGCAAAUUAAUUCGUUUUCCAAAUUUGUCAUUAUUAACGAUUAAAUUUUCUUUACAAAAUCGGCAAGAUAUAAAGAUAUCAGAACUUGAAGUUAUGUUUAAAAUUGAAUCAAAUAAAGACUAUUUAAAGCCCUUUUUAAGCUAUGUUAAUCAAUUUACUUUAGUUCAUGGUUAUGAUUUGCAUGAGUUGUCAAUUAAAUGGGUAGGGUUCAGUUCCACUUUUUCGGAUUUUAAUACAUUAGAAAGUAUUACCUUGAAUGGAAGCCAUUUAGUAGAGUUUCCGGAUUUAUCAUUUAAUUGGCCAACUAAUAUAAAGUCAAUUGUUAUAGUAAACACUUCUAUAACUGAUGAUACAAUAGCUAAAUUUUCCAAUUGGCCUGCUGGAUUAGAAUCAUUAACUUUAAAAAACAAUCAAAUCUCUAAAUUUAGCAGUAUUGGUGAAUUACCUGAAAAUUUGAAGUAUUUGGAAAUAGGCUCUGAACCUACAUCGUUUAGGGCUAUUCCAAUUCAAGUUGAAAAUAUUGGCCAGUACGAAUGUUAUUAUAAUUUUCCAAAAUCCCUAACAACCUUGAAAUUAGAAGGUAUAGAAUUUUAUAAAUAUCCUAAUUGUUAUAUCGAAUUUCCACCAAAUCUAAAACGAUUAGAAAUGACACGAUGUUUAAAAUCAAUAAAUCACUGUAAUUUCCCGCCAUCAUUAAUAUAUUUAGAAUUAAGCCAUAAUGAAAUCGAUGAACUAAUCAGUUUUAAAAACUGGCAGCAACUUAUUAAUCUUAAAACUUUAAAACUUUCUAAUACUUAUUUAACUCGAAAUUCAGUUCUUGAUUGGUUACCACCCAAGAAUAUAAAUUAUCUCGAUUUAAGUUCAACUAAAAUCAAUAGUUUAAAUAUUGCCAUUUUCAAGGAAGAGAAUAAAACAUUUACUCACAGUUUACUUGUCGUAAAUUUUGCAUAUUGUUUUAUUCCUUAUGUUCCUCAUGACUUUUAUUUACCUGAAAAUGUUUAUCAGUUUAAAUACAGUAAAGGAUACUUUAUACUGAUAAAUGCACAUGUAAUUAUAAGUAAUAAGAGAAUGCAUACAAAACUUUCUGCGACAUAAAACACCAAAUCACUAUAUACUUUAUUUAUCUCAAUUAUAAUAUAUUGUAAAAAAUCACGAGUAUACUUUAAGUUUAGCAGAUUAAAAUUAGAAAAAAGAUUUUCA